AUGUCGAGUAAUUCGAGAUUAGAAUCCAUAAUUAAUACUUGGUGUGUCUAUAUCCUCUUCAAUCAAAACAGGUCAAAAGUAUACGUUGGUAACACUCAUGACCUCAAGGACCGCCUUGAAAAACAUAACCGUUUAACAACAGAUGGAGGAGAACAUGUUUGGGAACCUAUCGUUGCUAUCACAGGAUUUUUAAAUAAUAAAGAAGCAACAAAUUUUGAAUCAAAUAUCAAAAUUCUAGCAAGAAAAAAAGAAUUUGCAGAAUAUGCCUCUCUUUAUCAAGGUCGUUGUCCAUCGAUCGUUCUUAAAAGAAUUAUAGCAAUUAGAUGUUUAUUAUGUGAAUAUGAUUAUUGUUGGAGAGCACCUCGAGGAAAGAAACGUCGUUAUGUUUUACAUUGGGGAGAUUAUAUGGAAAGAGAUCAAAGACAAUUGGACGUUUUACAACAUUGCCCUUGGGCUAGAACUACCUCUGCAUCACUUUGUAACUAG